GGUUGCGUCGUGCCAAUCUCCUCGGCUCUCUCCCAUCCAUCAGCUAGUUCCAUUGCCUUGUUGUUCACUUUACCUUCACUUCUCAAGUUCUCUUCAUCAUCAUCGUGUGGCUCCAUGAAAGAUUCAGAUAGCAGUGAGUUAAAGACACAAGCUUUCGUCAUUAUCAUCGCUCAGCCUUGGCUACACGCUUGCACUCUGUUCUUCUAUCAGUCUCCGUCACGCCUUCUCCUUCUCUCUCCCAAGCUAGAAAUUUCAAGCUUAGGCUUUCGUAUCAUUUCCCCAAUUUUCCCGACAAAUUCUCGGCGAUGUCAUCCUUACUUCAUCAAAGAACAAUUCACAAUCCUUUCACCAAUCGAUUCCCUUUUUCCCCUCCAUCCUCGACGAAUUCCCAGAAACGGAUUUCGAUUUUCAGCCCUAUUGCGCUUCUUGUCCUCUUGUGUCUCGUUGUGGUGUUUGGCGUCUUCUCGCCCUGGGUGGACUUGCCCCAAGGCAUCUUCUCAGCUUCCGAACCGGCGAUCUCCAAGUGGCGUCACUAUACAUUGGCACAAGCGCUGCCUUUUGUGGCCAAGAAUGGGACGGUGAUAGUUUGUAUUGUGAGCCAACCCUACUUGGCUUUUCUUAAUAACUGGUUGAUAAGCAUCGCUAGGCAAAAUCGUCAAGAUAUGGUGCUUGUGAUUGCGGAGGACUAUGCGACACUUUAUAAGGUCAAUGAGCGUUGGCCUGGCCAUGCGGUACUUAUCCCACCUGUGCUUGAUGGUGAAGCUGCCCAUAAGUUUGGUUCUCAGGGUUUCUUCAACUUUACAGCCAGGAGACCACGCCAUCUACUGCAGAUUUUGGAGCUUGGAUACAAUGUUAUGUACAAUGAUGUUGAUAUGGUUUGGUUGGCUGAUCCAUUUCCUUAUUUGGAAGGGAGUCAUGAUGUGUAUUUUACAGAUGAUAUGACUACAAUCAAACCAUUAAACCACUCUCAUGAUUUACCACCACCAGGGAAAAAGGGGCGCCCUUACAUAUGCAGUUGCAUGAUUUUCCUGCGCACUACUGAUGGAGCUAAGCUAGUUAUGAAAAAGUGGAUUGAAGAACUUCAGCUUCAGCCAUGGUCUAAGACCAAGAAAUCUAAUGAUCAGCCUGCUUUUAACUGGGCUUUGAUGAAGGCUGCUAAAGAGGUGGACCUGUACUUGCUGCCCCAGCCUGCAUUCCCCACAGGAGGUUUGUAUUUCAAGAACAAGACCUGGGUUAAGGAGACUAAAGGAAAGCACGUUAUAAUUCACAACAACUAUAUCAUAGGUUUCGAGAAGAAGACAAAACGGUUUCGUGAUUAUGGCCUCUGGUUGGUGGAUGAUCACGCCCUUGAGUCCCCACUUGGUGGAUUAUGAUUCGCGGGAGAUCUCUGCAUAUUUUUUGCCAUGAUCAAAAGCAUUUCCGUUCACAUGGUACUUCUGUCCAACCCACUUAUCCCACCGUGCAUGACACAUCUUGAAAGAAGAAAUUCUUGCAGUCCAUUGGCUUCCCGAAGAACCCAUGAACGUCACUCAAUCAUUGGCUGGCAAGUUAAUAGUGUUAUGAAAAUCUUAAGCCAGCAAAGCUCUACAGAAAAAUUCAGUGAAUGAAGUCUAUCAAAAAUAGGGACAUGACCGAGGUGGGUCUGAUGGAGAAGUGUGCAUCCCUUCUUAAUUUACUUCGAUGACAACAUUUUUGUGAACUGGUUUUGCCUAAGAAUAUCUCCCUUUGGGGAAGUGAACUGGACUUGUGCCAAAACUGCUAUGUAGCAAGUAUGGCAUCUGCUGGGACCCGGGCCAUUUUUCAUUAUCCCUUUUGUGAUUUUCACUUUGGUCUUUUUGUUUACAAUAGAUAAAAAAGUAGCUUUUACGUGUAAAUUAAUGUUUUAAAAGUUGGAUGGGAUAUUUACUGUAAAAGUCGCUGGAUCAUAGUUUUUAUUAUUUA